GGGCUCCGCGGAGGGCCCGGGCGGCAUGGCGGAGCGAGUGCUGUUCCGGCGCGGGACCGAGCAGGUGGGCGCCGGCCGGCCGGGGCCGGGGGCCGGGGGCCGGCAGAACGAUGACUCGGACGUGUGGGACGACACGGCCCUGAUCAAGGCGUACGACAAGGCAGUGGCCUCCUUCAAGACCGCAUUGAGGAAUGGAAGGUCUUCGGAGCCCUCGGACAAACAGGAGCAGCGCCAGCGGAUGAAGAGGAAGAACAAUAAGAAGAACAGAAAUAGAAAGAAGAGCAGCACGUGGAAAGUUGGUGACAGCUGUAAUGCUGUUUGGUCUGAGGAUGGUAAUAUGUACCUGGCGACUAUUGCCUCCAUCAAUCAGAAGAGAGGCACAUGUGUUGUUACUUACACGGGAUAUGGAAAUCAGGAGGAGCACAACUUGUCUGAUAUACUUCCUCCAACGUACGAUGAAACAGUAAAUGGGACGUGGAAUUCUGAAGAGAAUGAAAAUGAGGCUCCAUAUUCAACAGAUGAAAGUGAAAUAUCUUCCUGGUCACCUCAAAACAGAAACAACUGCACGAAGGCAAGAUUCUGUCCUCAAAACCAUCAUUUUCCCCUGCCACCAACAACUGCAGGCCCGGGGAGACCUGGAUCAAAAUUCAGAGCCUCUCCAACAUUUUUAUCCUGCUGGCCCCCACCCUUCCCAGGGGGACCACCGUUGAUUCCUCCUCCACCACCCAUGAGGCCAGACUGUACUGAGGACGAUGAAGCAUUGGGGACCAUGUUGAUAGCCUGGUACAUGAGUGGUUAUUACACUGGGUAUUACUUGCCAGGUACAAAUCUUUCCCACUUGGAGGUGUGUAUCACUUACUCACUGAUGGUUGAUGGUGAAGAUGAGAAUUUUAUCAAGACAAUUAACAUUUUCUCACCAUUGAGGUGCCCUUGAUAACAAGAAAACAAAUAACUUGAGACUAGUGUUAAAUAUCCAUUGAAAUGAGCUAUUUCUUAAAAGACCUCUAGUCUGAUGUGUGUAGAAAGCGCUGCUGCAAUAAAAUAUUUUUUACCUCCCUGAAA